AUGUCAUACAAUCCUUAUCUCCCUUCUGCCACAGGUAUUCCCACCCUUCAUUCGAAUGUGUAUGCAGGCUACGAGCAGCUGCCGUACCCCGUCCCAGCCCCAAUCAACACCUCUGGGCACCCUCUUCCCCAAGGCCAAGCUCAAAGGGGUGCAGUUCGCCCUCAGGCAUCACUCAAGCAGAGGCGCUUAUCUCAGAGCGGGCGACCCUAUGAUGCUGCACAAUCGCCGACGCGUACACGAUUUCAGGAUAUCAAUGCCUCGUAUGGCUCUGGACCGACUGUAGUGCCGGCUCACACAGUCACUUCUGAACCAAACCGUCGCUCACGAACCAGUGUCGACGCCAUGUACCACAAAGACCACCUUCCCGCCGGUUCACGGGUCUCUGAUCGCCAACCUAUCUCGCCCACCGCCAAGGCCACCCGAAGCUACGACGAAAACACUAUCCCUAAACACCUAGUUGUUCGGGCUGAGCCUGGCUUUCACGGGCCUAUGAACCACAUGCGAGUCCCUCAGCGGCCGCACGACGCGGGCCCUGCUCUUCAUCCCAGCAUUCACUUUCGAGUCAGAGGGUUUCCCGAGCCGGGAGUCAAGGUUUCGCAAGUGUUGGCUCUCUACAACCCAGUGAUUGUGGGUCAGAGCGAUAAGCCGUUGAAGGACGCCUAUGAGAAGUCGAUCCAUCUGGUCAUUAGUUGGCCUGGCUAUCCAUCCGCGGUGAAGCGUGUGUCUACGCUGGGCGGGGAAAUCAAGAAGACGGAUCUUUUCACAGCACUCGCGAAGUCUGUAAUGGCCUGGUCUACUGACCUCCAGAAACAGGGCAUUCGACCAGAACGCGGGUACGAAGCUUGGGCGAUCGGUAAAUUCAUCAACCCCAACGACCUCUUCAUAACCGAACUCGUUCACCGCGGCAUGUCCUUCUGGCAGAUGGAGCUUUGGGCCCCCGUUGAGAUGAUUUGA